AUGGCUGCUCCUCGUGAGUUCAGCUUGACAUUCGAAACUACCCCGCCAGCGGCAGUCUGCCCCGGUCUCCCAUUCACUGUCCCCGUCAUAGUCGCCGUACGACCCAUUGGAACACCCUCUCACACGGUACAACUAGUCGCCAGCGCCAGUCUGCGCGAUGAAGCCGGCACGAGCGCUGCCACUGGACUCGGCGGCAGUCUCACCGCAAUGGUGCGGAGCCGCACCGAGCCCUCAAUGAGCGGCUACGCCAAAUUCGCCGGACUCACCAUUUCGCGACCAGGCAAAUACCGCAUCCGCGUCAUGCUCAGUACAUCCUCCGUCAACGGCGUUAUGACCAAAGAAUGCGUUGAUUCGGGAGUUAUCCAUGUGCACGCCGCUGCGCCGGCGGCCCAAAGGCCAAGUGGGUCUUUCUCUUUUUCCUUCCCUUUCACCCUAUCCUAUCAAUUCGAUAUCACCUCCGGCUUUUGUCCAGAGCGCCCCCACUCCUCUUUACCGAAGCGCUGGAUCACCGAGAUGGCUACGGCAUGGUAUUGGGUCCCUUUCCAGGGACUUGGAAUGGUUACCCCUCUGAUUGCCGUUUCUGGACGCUUGCUGAUGUUUUGA